AUGCCCUUAUCCGAACCUCGCCAGAUCAAGAAACCCCGACUAUCGCUCAGUUGCAUCGUCUGUCGGCGACGCAAGGUUCGCUGCGGUCGCGAACAGCCAGAAUGUGCGAACUGUGUGCGCAUGAAAGAGACUUGUGUCUACAGGGCCAUGGUCCGUGAUGAAUCCACCGGCCGUGUACGACCAGUAUCGCCUCAAGACAGAGACUCGAGAGACACUACAGACACUACAGAUGCCCGCUCAGAGCUCCCUUGGCUCCAUUGGGGCCGAGAGACCAAUGCGCCGUAUCCCGAGAAACAUUCGAGACCCCCUUCUCGUCCUCAGUUACCCUCCAAUGCAAGUCCUUCUCCACAUCGGCAAGAACCAUAUCCACCAGUCCCUUCAUGGGAAGAGAUUCAACUCCCAAGUUAUCGCGAUGCGAACGUUCCACAAAUUGGUAGCUCGACAACCCGGCAUCCUUCCCCUGUGCCAUCAACAAGCUACUUCUCCGCCCUCAGCGAUCCCAUCUGCCACGAUUAUUUGAGUACAAGACGAGGUGGCCGCGUGAGAUAUAUUGGUCGGUCUUUCUGGGGGUUCGUUGCCGGAAAGGAGAAUCUGAGCGAUGAUUUCUUUGACGAAAACCAGCACGCCCAUCCCGAUCUUCCCCUUCCACAUAUUUCCUCUAUGGGCAUGUUUAAUCUCCUACGGUCGCUACCCACCAAGCCCGUUAGUGAUGCCCUGCUCGGGACAUUCUUUCUAGCCGUGUGGCCACUUGUACCACUCCUACACCCGCCUUCCCUACAGGCAGAUUAUGACGAGUUCUGGGAUUGGUGUCGGAAUAGCGAGAGCGCUAUACCCUCAGCUAAACUUCGCGAUGAUCCUACCUUUAUAUGCCUUCUUUUUGCAGUCCUAUAUUGCGGCGCAUCUGCCGCGCCAGCAGCCACCUGGACGUACCCCAACCUGCCGGGUUUACAGAAGGAGACGACAGCCACCCACCUCAAGUCGGCAUAUACGACGAGUCUUUCCCUGUGUCAGCAUCUGGAACAUCCAACAUUAAAUACACUAGUUUCAACUUUGCUCACGACACCGUUUUUGGACCGGCCCUUCGAGCCCAUGUGUAGUCUGGUUCAUGUGAGCACGACGGUGCGCAUUGCCCAGACUAUGGGUUUACAUCGGGAGGGAAUAUGGUCUGCGCUGAGUGAUGUUGAUAAAGAAAUCCGACGUCGGAUCUGGUGGCACAUUGUUUGGCUCGAUGUGCAGUCGAGCAUCUCCACGGGGCUGACCCUCUGUUGCGGGAAUGAGGCCUUGGACGCCGUGCGCAUGGUUAACCCUCACCGCGAAGGGUCCAGCGAUAUCCCUGCUGGGCUUUCCCCGCGCACAGACACCGUAACUAAUGGGCCAUCGGUGGCCAUCCUUUACGCUAUCGGACGCUAUCAGACUGCUCGAUUACAAGCGAAGAUCGUGGCGCACCUGCAGAGUGCGCAGGGACCAACCCAGGAUGAAUUUGGCGAGCUGAUCACAGACGCCAAGGAGCUUCUGCGGAAGAUCGACUCACUUAUCGCGCGCAUCCCUACACAAGGAAUCCCUGAAAGGGGGUACAUCCCAUUCCGUCUGGCUAAUGCAUCGCCAUCCACACAUCCCUCGUUAUACAAGGAUGAUACAAGCCAGCCAACCGUCUUUGCAGCCCGCUGCCCUGCGCCGCACCUUGCUACCAAGGCGUCGGAGUUACGCGCGACACCCCACCAGCCCUCUCCUGAUGCAUCAUCAUCUACAACCCGCACCAACCGCAAUUAUGAAACCCCAUAUAUGACUACAGGACCUCCUCCAGUGGUUGCUGGUAACAAGCCAGGCCCACCGAACAACGCCUUUGUGGAUGGGAGUGACUCGGUCUUAGAUAUGGACUUCCUUGCUACGAUUUCGGAUCUCGAGGCCUGGUCCUCGUCAUUGAUUCUGGAACCCGACAAUCUCCUAGCACAUCCUGAUAACAUAACCCCUGAUCACGCUGUAAUCAUAGGGUUAGGCCCACACAGUACAACGCCUGGUCACCGUGGCCUGCAUGAAGGUCUCGAUUUCCCAGCCAAAUAG